AUAUAACAUUAUUAUUACUUUUUGACUCUGUGAGCGCGGCGCUGCUCUGGCGGAGAGUAGAAAUUUUGUCGUUCGGGUUAUCUCCCUUCACUCCGUUCUCCAAUUUGUUCGGUAAGAAAAACUGAAGGCACAUAGCAUAACGACAAGUCAACAAUUCAUCGAUUGGUGAAGAUGUGACAUGUAGCGGAGCCUAAAACAGCGCUAAUUGAUCAUGGAACAAUACACAAUCUUGGGUAGGAUUGGAGAAGGUGCCCAUGGUAUUGUCUUAAAGGCGAAGCAUGUAGAGAGCGGUGAAGUUGUUGCCCUCAAAAAGGUUCCCCUACGGAAACUAGAUGAUGGCAUCCCUACUACAGCUCUUAGGGAAAUAAAAGCUUUACAAGAAAUUGAAGAAAACCCUUAUGUGGUGAACCUUCGCGAAGUGUUCCCCCAUGGCAGUAGUCUGGUACUUGUGUUUGAGUACAUGUUGUCUGACCUCUCGGAGGUCAUAAAAAAUUCAGACCACCCACUGUCUGAGGCCCAGGUCAAGUCCUACAUGUUGAUGCUGUUGAAAGGUGUUGCAUUCUCACAUGAAAACAACAUAAUGCAUAGAGAUCUGAAGCCAGCAAACUUGUUGAUAAGCUCAACUGGUCAUCUGAAAAUCGCUGAUUUUGGACUUGCCAGAGUGUUCCAAAACAAGGGUGACCGACAAUACAGUCACCAGGUAGCCACAAGAUGGUACCGUGCCCCAGAACUUCUGUACGGAGCCAGGAAGUAUGAUGAGGGUGUUGAUAUUUGGGCUGUUGGAUGCAUAUUUGGAGAACUACUAAACAACUCACCACUUUUCCCUGGAGAAAAUGACAUAGAACAGCUGUGCUGUGUAUUGAGAGUGCUGGGAACACCUAACGAGAGCAUAUGGCCUGGAAUCUCCGAGCUACCAGAUUAUAACAAGAUCACAUUCCCGGAUAAUCAGCCUAUUCCACUGGAAGAGAUAGUCCCAGAUGCUACCCAUGAAGCUCUCAGCUUACUAAAAAAACUCUUAGUGUAUCCAACAAAGUCAAGGAUUUCAGCGAAGGAUGCCUUGUUACAUCCGUACUUUUUCAGUGAGCCCCUCCCUGCUCAUCACUCAGAGUUGCCAAUUCCUCAACGCAGUAAGAGGGGACUACCUCGUCGACAACAGACUCAUGAAUAUAACAUUGAUCUUCCCUUAGAGAAAAGCUUGAUAGAUCCUGACCUGCUAGCCCCAUAUGUUGUUAAGUUUAAAUAGAGAAAUUCUGCAGUAAGAAGAGAUAUGGUUUUAUAUGGUGGUGCGAUAUAAUAAUCUGCAUUGUACAUGUAGCAGAUUCAUGCCUGUCCAUGUUACCAGGUAUAUAUAAUGCAGAAAAUAAGUUACUCUGCAAAUCGUCUUACAUCUGAGUGAACUAUCAACACCAUUCACAUGGAUGAGUCAUAUAUAGCCUGGAAAAUUUGGCAUCUGAAUUAGAAUACAAAGCAUGUAUCUCCCUUGUUUCACAUGUGAGAUAAUAUGAAGUGUGACAUCUGAAUAAGAUUAUCUCCCCUGUUUCACAUAUAGAAAGAUGGGGCGAACUUGAUUCUGGCUUGCCGUUCUUGCCGUUUAUCGGUUUUGAGCUUGCCGUCGGCACGUACAUUCAAGCAAAGCGGCACAGUUGCACUUUGGCCGACAUAGACCAAAACAUAUUUAUUUUUAUUUAUUUUAUAUAUUCAUAUAUGAAUAGACAUACUGUAUUUCAAAGGCAUUGUAAACAUCGAACGCUGCAGCAUAUUCAAAAUCAACUUAUUUUGCAGUAUAUGUAUGACUAAGAUAGCAUGACAGGCUCAAAACAAGUUGAAAUUCUUUAAUUUCUCACUUAAUCUAAUCUUUCGGUUGAACACAACGCCAUCUUGUUUGCCAGUGUGCCGGUGCUUUCAAACCGGCAGGAAUUUUCGUCGAUUGGCACGUGCCGAAAUUGCGCGCGCAUAUUCGGGACACAAUCAAGUAAUUUUGCCCCCUUGCCGCCUUGCCACCGGCACGUCAGAAUCAAGUUCGCCCAUGGAUUGUGACAUCUGAAUAAGAUUAUCUCCCCUGUUUCACAUAUAGAAAGAUGGAGUGUGACAUCUAAAUUAGAUUAUCUUCCCUGUUUCAUAUAUAAAUUGGUGGAGUGUGACAUCUGAAUAAGAUUAUCUCCCCCGUUUCACAUAUAAAAUGCAGAGUUUGAUCUCUGAACAAGAUUAUCUUCCAUAUUAACAAAGAUAUAACAAGUAUGGAUAUCUUCAAUUCUCCACUUGAUUGAUAGCACUCUGCACAUGUAUUAUGCUAUAGUCAUAAAGAUAAUCAUCACAUUUAUGGAUGUAGUAUCAACAGUAAGAUAAUUUAAGCUUUGAUUUGUAUAAGUCUUGAAUAUGUAACUAGGUUGAAUGUUUGUGAUAUAAUUUGUACUUCAUUACUCAGAAAUACACCGGAAAGUGACUUUGGUACGACUACAACUACAUGUAUGUUUGACAUCAUUGAAUCAUUUUCAUUUCAUCUCAAAAUCCGUCCAAAGAAAUAAAUACAAAUGUAAAUUUCAAUUAA